CCUCUCCGGUGGUGCACCGGCCCUCUAGAUUCUCUGAUCCAUCUGAACCUGAAGCUGCUGCCGGAGAGCAUCGAGAAGGAGAUUCGACUGGUAAUGGUGCCGAUGGCCAUGGGCAACGAGGUUAUGAGUCUGGCCGCAGAGCGGAACGAGGACGCCGGGCACUUAGGAAAUCACUGUUCCGGAACGAAUCAAAUUAGAAGGAGGAAACAGUACACCGACAAGCAACGCCGGGCCAUUUAUACCAUGUUGUUAGAGAGAACGACCUUGGGAAUUCUAAAACGUGGAACGACAAAGUCCUUGUCUGUUGAACUUGCCGUGGCUCCCAGAGUUAUACAGCGCAUAUGGCUGAAUGGGAAGCGCGGUGUUGGUAUACAUGCUGUUGACAGCAAGAAGCCCAAGAACUGUGGCCGCAAACGAGUUCCCUUUGAUGUAGACAUGAUCAAGGAUGUGCCUUUGAGUAGACAGAAGAAUCUCCAUGACCUUGCUGCAGAACUGGGCGUCUCGAAGACCACGGUCCAUAGGCGGUUGAAAGAACUGAACCUUGGAAAGGAAUAGUGGUCUUCCGUUUAGGUUGCGGUUGCGAGUUGCGACGCAGAAAUUGUGAGCGAAUUAAGCGUUGGAGUAUCUAUUUUAUUUUCUUCUGAUUUUGCAGUUGUAAUCGAAGUCGAAUCAUGUGCUCCUACUAUGUUUUCUUUAUCCUAAUGCAACUUGAGUACUGUUUGAAUCCUA